AUGUCCACCGGCUCAGCAGCAACCAGCGACGACGACUACGACGCAUGCCACAGGAGCACUGGCUCAACUUCGGACGGCACCUGCUACAAACGUUUUUACGAGGAGGAAGAAGAAGAAGGAGGCGGUAGGAGGACCAAGCUGGAGCGCAGAGGAAGCAGGCCACAGCAGAAGGACCCCCGGCAGUCGCAGAGGAACGCUGCCAACGCCAGGGAGCGGGCUCGGAUGAGAGUGCUGAGCAAAGCCUUCUCGCGGCUGAAGACCAGCCUGCCGUGGGUUCCAGCAGACACAAAGCUGUCCAAGCUGGACACACUCAGACUUGCCUCCAGCUACAUAUCUCACCUCAGACAGCUCCUGCAGGACGACCACUUCCAGAAGAACUUUGUACAUCCAGUGAACCUGACAUGGCCGUUUUUGAUGACCACCCGCUCAGAAGAAGACACUCCCCCCAAUCUGAGGCUCUGUGGAGCGACAGCCUAGCGACUCUUCGACUCUUCCACUCAACACAUUGCUCCCACCAGCCAGGAAUACUUUGUCUAAAGUUGCUGACUUCUUACUGUUUUUCAAAGAUAUGAGAGGAACGUGCAGCAGCAGCAUUCUUGCAGUCACACGAGAACUCUUCCUAUAUGUCCGUCAGAAACUUUUAUACAGCAUUUUGACAAAUAUUUGAAAGAAAUUUUACAACAAAAGAAGUC